CUGUGCGCAAGGAUUCGAAUUUCGAAGGAUUUAAAUAGCGAAAGGAAAAGCCAUCGCGGCCGGCCCACUAGAUUACAUAUGAGGAUAAUUUACUAAAACAUCAAGUUAUGCAGAAAAACUCCAAGAAGAACAAUAAUUCAAGAGUUUCUGACAUAGAAUUCAACUCUGUGGAUGCUAAGAGGAAAAAAAACGAGAGUCAAAACAACUUUGUUGAAAUGCUGCCUCUAGAAGUCACUUUACGAAUUUUCAGUCUGCUAGACAUUCAGAGUUUGUGCAGGGCUUCAUUGACAUGCACGAGCUGGAAUAAUGUAAUAAAAAACAGUGACUCCUCCUUAUGGAAACCUCAGUGCUUGACUGUAAGAGCUGUGUGCCCAAGAGAAAUAGAUGACGAUCUAGAAAGCGGUUAUUCCUGGAGGGUAACACUGGAGAGGAAUUACUGGAAGAGUAAAGUGAAACAUGAAUGGCUAAGUGGCAGAUACAGCAACAUACGUUCUCCCACUAGCCUACCAGAAAAAAUUAUGUACCCAAUGGAUGCAGAUACAUGGGGAGAAAUUUUAGAAGCAGAACUGGAAAGAUAAGCAGAAAAAUCACAAACAGUAACUUUUGUGAUUUUGAGCACCUCCCAUGUGCAAUUGAAACAGUAACUCAAAUGAUACAAUUCAAUCCAGCAAUCCCACUACUGGCAUCUACCCAAAGGAAAAGAGGUCAUUUUACAAAGAAAGCAC